UAUUCUUUUAAUGCUCGUUGGAAAUUCGACUUAUAAAUACCUUAACAAGCUAGGCAUAAGCCAGCCAGUUAAUUACUUAAUUUGAUGUUAAAAAAUAUGCAUUCAAUAUUAUUGCAUUCUUUGUGGUUUCUUCUCAUUCAAGGUGGCAUUCAGUCGCAGGGAUUGUCUUAUCACUGGGUUGUGAAAGAAGCAGCCUACACUAGACUGUGCGGAACAAAGUCAAUUCUGACUGUAAAUGGACAAUUUCCAGGACCAACGAUCUAUGCACACAGAGGUGACACAGUUAUAGUAAAUGUUGUCAACAGAAGCAAAUAUAACAUCACACUUCACUGGCAUGGAGUGAAACAGCCAAGAAAUCCAUGGUCAGAUGGACCUGAGUACAUAACUCAGUGUCCAAUCCAACCAGGAGGGAGAUUUACACAAACUGUGAUCCUGUCGGAAGAGGAAGGGACUCUUUGGUGGCAUGCUCAUAGCGAUUGGUCAAGAGCAACUGUCUAUGGUGCUUUUAUUAUCUAUCCCAAACCUGAUACUUAUUAUCCUUAUCCCAAGCCUCAUCUUCAAGUACCCAUUAUAUUAGGAGAAUGGUGGAAGCGGGACAUCUUUGAGGUUUAUGAGGAAUUUCGUGCAACAGGAGGAGCACCUAAUGCUUCAGAUGCCUUCACCAUAAAUGGCCAACCCGGUGACUUGUAUCCAUGCUCGAAUACAGAAACAUUCAAAGUUGAUGUCCAUGAGGGAGAAACCAUUCUACUUCGCAUAAUCAAUGCUGCACUGAACCAAAUUCUGUUCUUGGCUAUUGCAAAUCAUCGGAUGACUUUGGUUGGGACGGAUGGAGACUAUACAAAGCCUCUGACGAGUGAUUACAUAUCGAUAGGCCCUGGUGAAACAAUGGAUGUUCUGGUUGAAGCUAACCAGAUUCCAGGUUGCUAUUACAUUGCUGCUAGAGCAUACUCAAGUGGGGUUAACAUUGAAUUUGAUAACACAACAACCACAGCUGUUAUAGUGUAUGAUACAGUUCAAUAUAACAACACAAUUUCAACCCCAUCCUUCCCUUAUCUCCCAGCUUAUAAUGACACCAAUGCAUCUUUUUCUUUCACAAGUAGCUUGCGAAGUUUAGCUAGUAAAGAUCAUCCUAUUAAUGUACCCUUAAAGGUGAGUAACCGAAUAUUCUCAACUAUCUCAGUAAACGCGUUACCUUGUGAACCUAACCGUACAUGUGAGGGACCAAACGGAACAAGAUUAGCUGCAAGCAUGAACAAUAUAAGUUUUGUUCUUCCUGAUAUUGAUGUGCUACAGGCUUAUUAUUAUCAUAUCAACGGUGCGUAUGGUAAACGAUUCCCAAGUUAUCCUCCUCUUCCAUUCAACUAUACUGCUGAAUAUCAAGAUUUAUUUCUUCAAGUAGCAAAACUCAGCACCCAGGUAAGGGUGUUUGAGUAUAAUUCCACAGUUGAGAUAAUCUUUCAAGGAACCAAUUUAGUUGCUGGAUUAGAUCAUCCAAUGCAUAUCCACGGACAGAGUUUCUAUGUUGUCGGGUCAGGAUUUGGUAACUUUGACAAAGACAAGGACCCUAGAAACUAUAACUUGGUUGAUCCUCCUUUUCAGAACACUGUGAUUGUGCCCAGAAAUGGCUGGACUGCUAUCAGAUUCAAAGCCCACAACCCUGGAGUUUGGUAUGUGCACUGUCAUUUUGAGCGUCAUGUUACAUGGGGUAUGAUGACGACUUUCAUUGUGAAAGAUGGUAACAACCCCGAAUCACGAAUGCUGCCUCCACCUCCAGACAUGCCACCGUGUUGAAGACGGGAGCAUAAAUUUCUUUUGGUUAGAUUCUCAGUUUCCAGAAACUACAACUCUUGAUUUUGGGAUUAGUGUGUUUUGUUAUAAUCUUGGCUUAGUCCCUUGCAACUACUAACAGCUGUUAUCUUGGCUUAGUUUGUAAUAUCGUAAUCCAUAAUAAGAUGAUUAAUCA